UAUUGUCAGUAACGUUUACACAACACGUGAUCUUUCAUAUUUUUGUUUAAUUAAUACAGUAUUUUAAAGAAUUUCUGAAGAGAAUAAAGUACUUAAAUAAGUAUAAGUUAAGAUACAAAACAGUAAAAUGGCAAAAUCACUGCGCAGCAAAUGGAGGAGGAAGUGCAGAGCAGUUAAAAGGGAACGUUAUGGAGAAAAAGAAUUAGUAAGGUUAAAGAAAACAUUAGGUCUCACAGAGAAUGGAUCACACGAUAAUGAAAUGAAGGACAUAUCAGAAAUUGUCACUGUUGUGGAUGCAAAAGCACUAAAAGAAACUGCAAAGACAAAUAACACAAACAUGGAUGUAGAUGGUGGUAGGAUCUAUGACAAGAAAACAAUGCUUGAUCAAUAUGGAAAUUAUCCAGUAUGGAUGAACAGCAGAAAGAUUGCCAAACAAAAGAAGGGUAGAGCAAAAUCACAGAAAGCAACUACAAAAUCAAACAAAAGGUUAACUAGGAGACAAAAGAAAGCAGCUAAGCAAAAAUAAUUUUUAUAUGACACUGAUAGCACUAUUUGAUGCCUUCUCUUUUGACCAUGUAUGUAAUAAAGUGCAAACAAAUUCUGUUACAAUAAAAUUCUUUAUCUUCAUUUUUACACUU